AUGGACCGGAAUCCGUGGGAGGAGUUCUGCUUUCCCACUUUAGAGUCGGUACUAACAUACCAGGAGCCAGACAUUCGAUGCAGUGUGACUCAGAACCAGCUGGAAGAUCCGCCCAGACAGAAGUCUUCCUUCGAUCAGGUGAUUCCCGAUCCUUCGGUGUUAGCUCUUCGGCGAUCCUCGGCGUUUGGAAAGCGGCAGGACGGCUUUAUCCAGCAGUCCGAGUGGAACAAAGCCACUCGUCGACUCGAUCAGAAAGGAUACAUCGACACGCAAAAGAAAAGCAACAACGUGGUACCAGGUCAACAAAAUUCAACGAAUGUAAGGGCUUUCAUCCACAGCACAUUCUUCUACCACAAGACCACUACCUUGAGCACCACGACAUUAGCCACAACACAGCGCACCACGGUGCCGCACACGGUCAUCACUGUCACAGAGCCGCCACCCAUCGUGGUGGACCGUGCCACGUUGCACAAGUUCGUGGGUGAGAUGGUGAAGAGGACCCGCUGGGGUUGGCACAUGAUGGGGAAGGAAGGCCAGCAUAGUGCUGAGCAAGCCUUCGGAGCCUUGGAUCUCAAUGGUGAUGGCUAUGCCGCCCGUGGCGAGUUGCUGAAUGCUUUGGGGCAACUGCGAGAGCCCAUGCGUGGACAGGAUGCUCGGGUGGUCUUUCAGGGCGUGGACGCCAACGAGGAUGGCGUGGUGGAAUUCCCCGAGUUUAAGGCUGCCUUUGAGUACGCCAGGGAGCACGAGGGCGACGGGACUGAACCACACAAGCCGGCGACCAGAACGAAUCCGGGCGAGGAAAACGUGGAAGUGAAAGUGGCGCCGCCGCAGGAGCAGAAUGACAACCCCAGGACCAGGGAUUGGGAUGUGAAGCUGGCAAAGGUCCUACAAGAAAUGAGGCUCAAUGAGCCCCCAAUCUCCAUGGCACGCUUCGUGCAUGGCAUGGGCUCGGUACCAGCGGAGACGGCGUUCAAAGCCUUGGAUGAGCUUUCGCAGGACGAGAUGGUCCGCUUCGCCAAGGCCUUCGUCCCGCCGCUGACGCAGACCGAGGCGCUCUUCGCACAUAAGGGCAUGGACAUCAACGACGACGGCCGGGUCGUGCCUGCGGAGACUUGGGCGCUGGGGUGGUGGGGUGGUGGGGGUGCUGGGUGCCCAGGAGGUGGCAGUCUUGUCAUUUUCAUUUGCUUUGUCAACACCUUUUUAACAUUACUUUACACACAUAUCUUUUGGGCUGGAAGAUAUGCCUGGCUGGAUCAGCCUGGGUAUGCUUGA